AUGGAAUUUCUGUAUGAAUUACAAUAUCAAUCAAAUGAAAUUAAAUCUCAGCUUGGAGCCUUGGUUGGUAUGGAUCUGAUUCAAAGAGAACGGGAUACAGAAUCCGGAAUCGUUACACUGAUCUUUAAUAUAGUGUUUGCACCUAACAAACCAAUGAGGAACAAAGCAACUCUCCUAGUACAGUGCACUACAGGAGGUGUUUGGAAGUUUCCAAUGCUGUUCAUUGCUACAGAGCCAGAAGUGGAUGAUGUCAUCAACAUUGAAGCAGUUGGCCUGAAUAAGGAAUCUAUAGUUGGCUUUAAGCUUACAAGCCAGACAAGGAACCCAGAGCCAUUCACUGCGCACUUCCUGGCGGGCAGCGAUCCUGAGUUCCUUGUGCUGCCGCAAGCUGGAGAACUUCUUCCAGCAGGCACUGUGGGAACCCAUAUAACGGUGGGAUUCAAGCCAAGGAUGUACGGAAAGAAGCAUACAGCAACACUUGUAAUUCAGACACAAUCAAUGCAGUGGACAUACGAAAUCAAUGGACUGCCUCCACAGACCAUACCACCUGCAAGGCCAGCAAAAGUUGUUUCUACUAGCAGUUACAUGAGAUCAGCCACAGUUCGACAGCGCAAUUUUUUAAGUGAAAAUCUGAAACUUACAACCACUGGAGUAUCCUCACCAAUCAAGGGGGCACCUUUGGUCCUGAGGACAAAAUAG